AUGGGAUACGGAAAAAGUCUUGCUUUUGAUGCUGCAACUACAUCUACCAUUGGUUUUUUAAAACAUUCACUUAGUAUCAUCCUCGAUAAUCAAGACUCCAAACAAAUAUUUUAUUUUUUACUACUCAAUCUUACAUAUAUGUUUGUUCAAUUGGCUUAUGGUGUUUGGACAAAUUCUCUAGGACUUAUAUCUGAUGCUAUUCAUAUGUUUUUUGAUUGUUUGGCAUUGGGAAUUGGUUUAUUUGCUUCUGUUAUGAGUAAAUGGCCUUCAAAUACAAAAUAUUCUUAUGGAUACAAUCGAAUCGAAACUAUUUCAGCUUAUUUCAAUGGUAUCUUUUUGGUGUUGAUAUCAAUUUCUAUUGUUAUGGAAGCUAUUCAACGAUUACUUGAUCCUCCAGAAAUGAACACUAAACGAUUAUUACUUGUCAGUUUUGUUGGACUUGUCGUUAAUUUGGUGGGAAUAUUUGCUUUCAAUCACGGACACGCGCAUGGGCAUGGUGGACAUGAUCAUGGUCAUCAUCAUCAUCAUCAUGGACACGAUCAUGGUCAUAGUGCAAAUAUGGAAGGUGUCUUUUUACAUAUCAUGGCAGAUACAUUAGGUUCAGUUGGUGUGAUUGUCUCAACAUUAUUAAUUAAAUGGUUUGGAUGGACUGGAUUUGAUCCUAUUGCUUCGCUCUUUAUUGCUAUAUUGAUUGUCAUGUCAGUGAUACCAUUGAUCAAGCAUUCCUCAAGUGUACUGAUGCUCGAAUUGGAUGAUAAUGUAGUUAGUCAAGUGGAAGGAACUUUGGAAGAAAUCAAAGCGAUGGAUCAAGUAUCUUCGAUAGCUAUGCCUAGGUUUUGGCCAAAUGAAGCAAGUUCUUUAGUUGGAUCUCUUCAUGUUUAUGCAAAAGAUAAUGUUUCCACUCAAGAAUUAAGACAACGUGUAACAGAAAUCCUGGUUAGUCAUAUUGAUGGUCUCAAAGAAGUCUGUGUUCAAGUUGAAUUACAAAACUCUCCUCGCCUACAAAGACAACAAACACCUACAUCGAAAGGAUUUUUCCAUACUCCUCCUCCAUUCAAUUAUAUUCAACAAGAACAACAACAACAACAACCUAUGUCAUCACCUUAUGGUAUUGCCUCUUCAGCCGUCAAUGCACCUCUCAAUUAUCGAUCAUCUGCUGUUCCAUUACCCGCGUUCCCUACUGAUACCACCAAUAGCAGCACUCUUCAUUCAAGCAACAAUAAUAUGGUUCCACCCAUUCUUGGUCAACAUCCUGCUUCUACUUUGGCUUCUCCUUCACCACUUGCUCGUCAAACGCCACCACCUACUAUAGUUCCAAGUGUUAUUUCAGGUGCAAUGAAAAAGCAAACAAAGAAAGAAUAG